AUGAAUGUGAUAUUGACAGGCAAAGAAUAUAUCACAUUGUAUGAACUGCAUGCGCAGUAUGGCCCGGUCGUCCGAAUAGGUCCCUCUAAAUUGUACGACGAUGCAGCUACCUUUCGCAAGAUCUACAACAUUGCAGCGCCUUUUCAGAAGAGCGAUUAUUACCAACCGUUCCGUAUUCCAGGUCCAAAGAUCGAUAUUUUUGUCGAGAAAAACGAAACCCUGCACGGCAAAUUCAGAAAACAAUUCUCGCAUAUAUACAGCGCUAGCGGCUUGAAAGACCUGGACGCAAAUAUCGAUGGUUCAAUCAAGAAAUUCAUUGAGCAGAUUCAGAGAACUGAAGGGGCGAAUAUUAAUCUCGGAAAAUGGUUCGAGAGACUUUUGUAUUGUAUGUUGGACCUCACAUUUGAACAAAAUGUAGGAUACAUUGAUAGUAGUCCCGCGGACAACCCGUUUGACGCAGUGGACCGGUUUACCAAGCAGGCUCAUUUGCAUGGAAUGACACCAUGGCUGUUUUACGCUGCAAAGGCUUCAAAUUUUGUAAGCAAACAUUUGUUUUCACAGAAAGAGACUCCAGAUGUGGUCAGCCGAAUCAUCGGAACAUUCCUAGGGGCUCUCAAAGAUCCCAGCAAUACUCAUAUAGGAGAAACGCAACGCAAUAUUGCCUCAAGGCUAUUGCGUGUACAGUCCUCUAAGGGUUCCAACGUAUUCACAGAUGAGGAAGUGACACACCUUCUUAGUUUUGGUGUGAAUGCUGGUGUAACUGAUGGUGGCUCUUGGUUGAACUCUGUGUUCUACCAUCUUAUCAACAACCGAGACAAACUUGACAAACUUAUGCAGGAGCUUGAUCAACAACUAAGUCAUGGGAAAUUGGAUAUUAUUUGCACCUCACAACAGGCUGCAGCCUGUCCUUAUCUUAACGCAGUCAUUCAAGAAGCGCAACGUAUGUAUCCCAGUAUUGGUGGUAUCCUGCCUAGAGAAACACCCAAAGGCGGAGCCGAAAUACUCGGCCAGCGCAUUCCAGCAGGAGUAACGGUUGGAUCACCAGCAUUCGCGAUAAGUCGGAUGCCGGAGAUCUUUGGUGCGGACACGUCAUCUUUCGUGCCUGAACGGUGGCUUGAGGAUAGCCAACCAAAUAUGUCACGAUUCUCGAUGGGAUUUGGUCUAGGGUCCCGGACAUGUCUUGGUAAAAAUCUUUCGUGGCUGUUGAUGAGGAAGAUUGUACCAUCACUUCUCUUAUCUUUGGAUUUCGAAGCUCCGGAUCCCAAGUCCGACUGGACCGUUGUUUCCGGGUAA